UCAUAAACUUUUCUAUCACCAAAAUCUCAGGCUGCCCUUUCUUGAAUUCUCUCUCGUUAGAGGAACACCUCAAUUCUUUAUUCAUCCUUGCGUAUACCAUUUUCUUUCACCUCUGAGCCUCUGCAAAUGGAUUCAAUCUUCUUCAGUUCUGCCAUAUACAUUACCCUCACAUUGUUUAUUACAAUCUCCAGUUCCUUUAUUGGAGGAGUCUCAGGAGCUACCUUUACGCUAAUCAACAGAUGUGGUUACACAGUGUGGCCUGGUAUUCUUGCCAAUGCUGGAAGCCCUGCAUUAGACAGCACUGGUUUUGAGCUUCCAUCUGGUGGGUCUCGUUCCUUUCAAUCACCACCAAAUUGGUCGGGUCGAUUCUGGGGCAGAACCGGUUGCACAUUCGAUCCAACCACUGGUCAGGGUAGUUGCAUAACUGGUGAUUGCAGCACCAACCAAAUUGAAUGUAACGGUAAAAAUGCAAACCCACCAGCUACUCUAGCAGAAUUCACAAUCGGCGGAUGGAACUCCCAGGACUUUUACGACGUUAGCUUAGUUGACGGCUACAACUUACAAAUGAUUGUGGAACCCAAUGGCGGUUCGGGUACUUGUUUGUCAACCGGAUGUGUAACCGAUUUGAAUCAGCAGUGCCCUGCAGAGCUCCGAGUGGGGUCUGGUGAGGCUUGUAAGAGUGCUUGUGAGGCUUUCGGAAACCCCGAGUACUGUUGUAGCGGGGCAUAUGGUACACCAGACACGUGCAAGCCAUCUGUAUAUUCGCAGAUGUUUAAAGCUGCUUGUCCGAGAUCUUAUAGUUAUGCCUAUGAUGAUGCGACGAGCACAUUUACAUGUACAGGAGCAGACUAUGUGAUCACAUUCUGCCCUUCAUUAACAAGUCAGAAAUCUGCUACAGACCCGUCUCAAACUACAAGCACAAGCACAACAAAUGGGUCCCAAGAUGGAUCAGGAGAUGGGCUCAACAGUUCAUGGUUGUCAAACAUUUUCACUGGAGAUUCAUCCACAACUCUUUCUUCUUCAGCUUGGACCUUGACAUACAUUGUUUCUGCAAUUUCCUCUCUAUUUCUCUUUUUCCUUUAUUUAUAGAUUUCUCUUUCUGCAUGUGCAACUUAAGAGGUGACUUUUACAUUUUUCAGUUGACCAGCUGAUGAUGAAAUUCCCCAGAUUGUAAAGCCAAUUUUCCAGGCCACACACAUGUAUAUACAAAAUUUUUAACUGUUGUUUCAGGAAUUUGGAGUCUGAAGGAUUUGUUGGAAAU